AAGUUCUGGCGACGCCCUCCUGGUUAGGUGCUGAGGGCCAGCCUGGCAUCCCCCAGCCCGGGCUUCUCUCCUGUAGGGCGGAGAUGAUUAGUACCCGCGACCUCGUCGAGUCGUGGCGAGGGGAUGGUAAAAGCCCUAACGCGCCCGGCAAAGCAGCCUGCCACCGAGUGGGCUCUGGGUGCUCCUCCUGCUGCUCCAGGAAAGGCGGCGCUGGGACUUUGAGAACCCUUGGAACAUAAUGAUAAAGCACCGGCAGGUGCAGCGAAGGGGCCGGCGCUCACAAAUGACAACAAGUUUCACAGAUCCUGCCAUCUCCAUGGACCUCCUCCGAGCUGUCCUGCAGCCGAGCAUCAAUGAGGAGAUCCAGACUGUCUUCAACAAGUAUAUGAAGUUCUUCCAGAAAGCAGCACUGAACGUGCGAGACAACAUUGGGGAAGAGGUGGAUGCAGAGCAGCUGAUCCAGGAGGCCUGUCGGAGCUGCCUUGAACAGGCUAAGCUACUAUUUUCAGAUGGAGAAAAAGUAAUACCUAGAUUGACCCAUGAGCUUCCAGGAAUAAAGCGUGGCCGGCAGGCAGAGGAAGAAUGUACCCAUCGAGGAAGCCCCGUUCCCAAAAAGAGGAAAGGACGGCCUCCUGGACACAUUCUGUCAAAUGACCGGGCAGCAGCUGGCAUGGUCAGAUGGAAGCCAAAAUCCUCUGAACCGAUUCGCCGGGAAGGCCCCAAGUGGGACCCAGCCCGGCUGAAUGAAACUACCACCUUUGUGUUGGGCUCUCGAGCUAACAAGGCCCUAGGGAUGGGGGGCACCAGAGGGAGAAUCUACAUCAAGCACCCACAUCUCUUUAAGUAUGCAGCUGACCCCCAGGACAAGCACUGGCUGGCUGAGCAGCAUCACAUGCGGGCAACAGGCGGGAAGAUGGCCUACCUCCUCAUCGAGGAGGACAUCCGGGACCUUGCUGCCAGUGAUGACUACAGAGGAUGCCUGGAUCUGAAGUUAGAGGAGCUGAAGUCCUUUGUCCUACCCUCCUGGAUGGUUGAGAAGAUGCGAAAGUACAUGGAGACACUACGGACAGAGAAUGAGCAUCGCUCUGCUGAAGCACCUCCACAGACCUGAGGCCAGGACCCCUGGCUACAUUUGGCAGCCCACCUCUAAGACCCUCUUCCCCACACAGCUGAGGCCACCACUGGGUCUCUUCCUAGGUGGAUCUCAGCGGCAUUAAGCUGUGCAUGGGCUAGUUUGCAGUGACUCACUGCAGAGCACCCCCAGACUGGCAUAUGGUUCUAUAUUUGUAAAGUUAUUGGGAUAAGAAGCAAUUAAAACAGUUUGUAAUAAACACAGAUGGUGAGCCUG